AUGCGUGAGACGGUGGCAUCCACUCGUGCAACUUGUAAGUUUGUUGCCGCCAAAGUCAUUUCCCCAGUCAACGAACCGUCGUCGUUCCUCAUAUUCGUCCAUCCUGAUUCUUCACCAACGGAAGCCUCUAGGACCAAGAGGCAGUGGCCAAAUAACGGAUCCCCUGGAUCGGACGCCAUCACGCUGACAGAGACUCACGAAUUGAACUCAGAUAUGGGCUUCGUCUCGAAACUGAGAUCCUGGUCUCAGGAGCUCACCCCGUAUUUCGUCUACCUGCUUCUAGUCGCAACUCUAGGACCUCUACUCUUUGGUUAUCAUUUGGCCGAACUCAAUGCCCCUCAAGAGGUCAUUACUUGUGCCGCCAAAUCCAUUAGAUCUAAGGAGCGCCCAUCAGCAGCAUUGGGUGGACUACCACAAUGCAUACCCAUGAACUCAACCCAACUUGGGCUUGUGUCGUCCAUUUUCACAUUGGGUGGCCUAAUCGGUGCUCUCGCUGCCGGCCCUUUGUCCGCACGGUAUGGUCGUCUGCAUACGAUGCGUAUCAAUACCUUCUUCCUAGCGCUGGGUCCUCUCGCCGAGGCACUCGCUCCUAACAUUGGUGCUCUGUCGACGGGCCGCUUCAUUUCGGGUCUAGGAGCAGGUGUCUCCGUUGUUGUGGUACCCAUCUACAUUUCCGAGAUUGCUCCACCCAAGGAAAAGGGCUUCUUCGGUGCCUUUACGCAAAUAAUGACGAACAUGGGUAUCUUUACCACUCAGCUUCUGGGUUAUUUCCUAAGCCAUGGCCAAAUGUGGCGAGUUAUCCUCGCGAUUGCAGGCAUGAUCGGUGUGUUGCAGUUUGCAGGGCUGGUUUUCUCCGUCGAGAGUCCCAAGUGGCAGGCUGGCCAUGGAGAACCAAGACAAGCGAACAACAAUCUGCGACGUAUCCGGGGUCAGAAAGCCGACAUUGAGGAGGAAGUAGAAGGUUGGGGGUUGGCGGACGUUGACGAGGGACACGAAGAAGAACGAACACUACUUGCGAAUCCCGACCAUGAGUCGCCUCUGGACAGCAAUUUGCCUUCGAGAGGCAAUGCUCCAGAGCCAAGGGGAAUCCUCGCGGUGCUCCGAGACCCGACCAAUAAUCGCGCAAUUCUUGCGGUCGUUGUGGUUAUGCUGGCACAGCAGCUUUGUGGAAUCAACAGCAUCAUCAUGUACGGCGUGUCUCUACUCGCGGACUUACUUGCCUCCAAUUCCGCCCUGCUCAAUAUCUUUGUGAGCAUACUCAAUAUUGUGGCCACUACAGGCUUCGCCCCCCUUGCAGAUGUGCUGGGACGCAAGCCAUGCAUCCUCACCUCAAUUGCCGGUAUGGGUGUCUCAUCUGUCCUGCUUGCCAUAGGGAUCCGCAGCGCUAUUCCGAUUCUUUCCGCAGUGUCAGUGCUUCUGUUUGUGGCCAGCUUUGCUUUUGGUCUGGGCCCAAUACCUUUCAUACUCGCUUCAGAACUGGUUAGUCCAGAAGCGGUUGGCGCAACUCAAUCAUGGGCGCUGGCAGCAAAUUGGAUCUCGACAUUUGUGGUCGCUCAGUUCUUUCCAAUGGUGAAUGAGAGAUUGGGAAAGGGGGUAGUAUACUUUGUGUUUGCAGCCAUUGCGGCAAUUUCCUUUGUGUUUGUGGGCUGGUAUGUGCCAGAAACCAAAGGGAAGAAGGACGUUGACGAAGUUUGGGGAAGGCCGUCCAGGAGGCAAGAUUGA